AUGGGUGGUAAACUAAAGAGGAGAGGGGAAAAAGAAGAAGGGGUUUCCACUGUAACCGAAAAUGAGAUCCAAAUUAAUACGGUAAAUUUAGCAAAAGUAGAAGCUAAAAAUCGAAUUGAAACUAGCGAACAACGACUUUUGCAAUUUUUGAUGAAAAAUUACGAAAAAUCAGUUCGCCCUGUACGAAAUCCGUCACAUACUGUAACCGUCAAACUCGGAAUGACUAUGACGAAUAUUUUUGAAAUGGACGAAAAAAAUCAAGUUUUAACAAUAAACGUUUGGCUAGACCAGGAAUGGAAGGAUGAAUUAUUACAGUGGGAUCCUUCAGAUUUCGAUGGAAUUGAAUCUAUUCGAAUACCCAGUCAUUUAAUAUGGUUACCUGAUAUUGUUCUAUACAAUAAGUUUGUUUUAAUGUUGAAUUUACUUCAGUUUUUUUCUGAAUUAUUUUCCAUAAUAUUAAUAUUAUCAAAUAGGUUAAAUGACUUCAUCUUAUCGUACAGGUCAAAUAUCAUUUGCCAUUUUUUGCCAAAUCGAACUAUAUGUAUUUGGUACUUUAGUGCUGAUGACUAUAGCAUUGGCCAUGUGGAGUCUCGUGCGAUGCUAUUUUAUGAUGGUUCAGUUUUUUGGCCACCACCAGCGCAGUUAAGGAGCACAUGUAAAGUUGAUGUGACUUAUUUUCCCUUUGAUCGACAACAUUGCGCUCUGAAAUUUGGUUCAUGGUCAUAUCAUGGCAUUCAACUGGAUAUAAUAAAUCGAAGUGAAAAUGUCGAUUUGAGUAAUUAUGUUAUUUCCGGAGAAUUCGAUUUAGUAAACGUCAAUCAAAAAAGAAAAGUUGUUAAAUACAAUUGUUGUCCUGAAUUAUAUCCGGAUGUCACAUUUUUUAUUCAUAUCCAACGAAAAACUUUAUAUUAUCUAUAUAAUAUUAUUCUACCGUGUUUGAUGAUGUCGAUACUCACACUUUUAGUAUUUCUGCUUCCACCUGAUUCUGGCGAAAAAAUAGCUCUUGGAAUCACAGUUCUACUAGCAUUUUCGGUUUUUGUAUUAACAAUAGCUGAAAAGAUACCUGAGACAAGCGAUUCGGUGCCCUUAAUUGGUAUUUAUUUAUCAAUGGUCAUGGGUAUGACAAGUAUAUCGGUGGUUAUGACAGUUAUGGUACUUAAUUUUCACCAUCGUGGUCCAUAUUGUCGUACUGUGCCACCAUGGAUUCGAUUUUCUGUUCUCGGUAAACUGCGGAAAAUUUUGAAAAUGCAGUUAAAACACAAUGCUAACAAUAAUAAUGAUAUUUUGAGCGCUGAUGAAAAUCCAACAGACUUCGACUUAAAAUGUGCAAUUGGUAAAGAAUUCCAUUUUUUAAAUUUUUUUUCCUUUUCGCUUUCGACAAUUGAAAAAUUGAAUCUACAGCGCCAUCGCCAGGAUUUCAUUUUUUUGUAUCAGGUUCAGUCCCAUCAAAUACCAGAAAUUAUGUUCAUUCUGCUUGGCCUUAGUGUUACUGGGUAUGAUGGUCUCGAUAAUCAACCAUUUAUUUCUGAAAGCGCCUUGCUAAGACGUAAUGUAGGCGAAAAACAUUCUGAAAAUAACUGCACGGUCACUUCGAUGCCAGAUGAACAUAUUUAUAGGGCUUUACGCAUGUUACUUAAGAAGCGAUACUUGGAGGAAUGCUCUCAAAGAGUAAUAAAUGAAUGGCAACAAGUAGCUCAAAUCAUCGAUCGCUUCUUAUUUUGGGUCUUUCUUAUUUGUACAAUAGUGAUUUCUAUUAUUUUAUUAAUAAUUGUACCCGUCGUACAUCGUUUAUCAAAUUUAGAUAAAUUUGAUGAUGAAAGGUAUGGAAUUUAA